CCAGAACCUGUGUCAUGGCAGGUUGCACGUGUAAGACCCGUAUGUUCAUGUUGUAGAUCAGCAUGAGUUCCAGCUGCCGCCUCCAGCCGACUCGGUGAAGCAAGUUGGGCUCGGGCUCGCAGAGGGUGAAGACUUUGGAGUGAUGGAUGUGCAGGGAGAGAUGGAGAGAAGGGAGUCCAGCGUGGGCAGCGUCCAGUCCGACCUGGUCCAAGGUUCGGAGAAAGAGGAGUGCGAGGUGCGCCGGUGCCGCUCGGCGAUCCUCUACGAGGUGCCGCCAGACAUCGAGCACUCCCGAACUGCCAUGUGGAUUUUGAAGGAUGAUGAGGAUGACGAUGACACCGCGUUGGAUCCCUACGUCCGCUCCCGAACGGCGGUGGUGUUCCGCGGGGCAGGUGCUCAUGAAAGCGAGCCGCUUGAUGAGGGUGCCGAGCGCUCGCGGGAGGAGAUGAUCAUAGGUAGGCGGCGGCAACGGCCUUCCCGAACUGCCAUGUGGAUCGAGAAGGACCUGCCCAUGACGCCUGAACCGAGCUUCGAGCCCACUGGAAGCAAAGGCCUGUCUCGCAUCUUCAAUGCCAUCCGCGGAGCGUGAUGAGGCAUUCAGCCGGAGAACCUGUACAGAAAGGCCUUCUAUGCAGGACUUGGGACUCCGCACUUGUUGCGGCGGCGUUAGCCGCGGCGCGGCGUGAGCCGCGCUAUCGCGUAGACGCACGGGCGAAGGGGUGGCGAUCCCGACCCGUCACCCCUCUGCAGAUGUGCUGAAGUCUCAAGAUAUCUCAAGAAUUCUCGAGUGAAGCUCCUAAAAGCGCUGCAUUCCCAUGUUUGGAAACAAUCACCUGAACGGGUCAGCUAGGAUCAGAUUGACCACGGAAUUGUGCCAUGAGCACCCAACUUGCUGAAGCCUUCGUCCAGUUGCCGAAGCAAAUUAUCUUAC